UACAAUCAAUUCCUUUACAUCCUAUAAUUCUGAAAUCUGAGCUUUUGAUUCCACAGCAUUUAGAAAUGGAUGUGAAUCUAUCAUUAGGGGUUACUUCAGGGAGUGUUAGACGAGCUGGUGGUUCUGGAAGCUUAAUCAGAAGAACAUCAAGUCAGCUUUUUGUGGAACCUGAGUUUGAGCCCAAUAUAGAAUGGGUUGACACACCUGAAGCCCAUGUCCUUGUGGCUGAUCUUCCAGGUUUUAAAAAGGAAGAUGUAAAAGUACAACUUGAUGCAUGGGAAAAUCUCAUAAUCAGUGGAGAACGUCGUAUUGAGGAAAAUGUAUUUGCAGGAGGGGUGUGGCACCGUAGGCAAAGGACAAGUUUUAGAUUCAAAAAGGUUUUUACUAUUCCUGAGAACGCUAAUACUGCAGAUGUUACUGCUAGAUUUGAUCAUGAAAUGUUUUACAUUACAAUUAAGAAGUUGAGACCACCCCAAGAAGUCAGGUCUAAUAAUAUCUUAGACCAGGAGAGCAAGAGUAUCCCACAAGUUAGUAAAAGUGAUGCAGAUUUUAUAGAAGAAUCCAAAGAGAUAAAGGAUGACAAGGCAUCAAGCAAUAAAUCAAAUCAAUUUCUAAAAGAUGAGAAGGUUGAAACUCCAGCAGUUGCAAAGUCUGGUGCAACUCAAGAUGGUGAAGCAUCAAGCAAUAAAGUAGAUCAAAAUCUAAGAGAUAAGAAGGUUAAAAAUCUAGAAGCUAUAAAUUUUAUUGCAACUCAAGAUGACAAAGCAUCAAGCAAUAAACAUGAUCAACGUAUAAGAGAUGAGAAGGUGGAAACUAAAAGAGUUGCAUUAUCUAGCGCAACCCAAGAUGAAAAAUCAUUAAGCAAUAAAUUGGAUCAAAGUCCUAGAGAUGAGGAUGUUGAAAUUCAAGGAGUUACAAAGUCCAGCAAAACUCAGUACGAUAAAUCAUCAUGCAAUGAAAUAGAUCAAAUUCCAAGAGAAGAGAAGAUUGAAACUCCAGAAGUUGCAAAGUCUAGUGUAGCUCAAGGUGACAAAGCAUCAAGCAAUAAACCAAAUAAAAGUCCAAGAGAUGAGAAAGUUGAAAUUUCAGAAGUUACAAAGUCUGGUGCAACUCAAAUAGAUGAUGAGAGGCCUGAAACUCCAAAAGUUAUAAAAUCUAUCACAACUCAAGAUGCAGUACAAAAGGAGACACAAUUAGAAGCUCCAAAUAAGCUAGAAGAUUUGGACAAACACCCAUCAUUAUUGAACAAAGAGAAGUUAGUUGGUUCUAAUAGCCUCUCUAAGCCAUUUGAAUUAUUGGAUUUUGGUCCAAAAGAAGCUAAUAUGAAGGUUGGGGAUCAAAAUGAGCAUAAAUUGGUUGAAAAUGUGACAGGCAAGAGCAACCCUCCUCAUGAAGAUCACAUACAAGAAACAAAAGUAUCAAGUGUAAAGGCCAAGAAAGAAGAUAAGAGUUCCAAUUUCUCACACAAGAACACAGAUAAAGGUGGAGAAGAGAAGCAAUCUAUUUUGAAAUAUUGUCCUUACGUUUCUCAGUUCAUUUCAUCGAGGAGUGAGUUGAUGUUUAUAGCUUUCAUAAUUAUUUUCUCUCUUGCCUUGUAUAUCAUUUGUAGAUUGACACAUUUAGAGGAUUAGAAAGUAAGUCAAUGUGUAAGAACUUUAGAAGUCAUGUCCCUUAACCUUGCCUAGGUCAACUAGUUUCAUUGGUAGUAUGAAUUUUCCUGGCUCAUAUUUUUUUAUGCUCAAUGUAAUAAAAAUGUUUUCGACA